AUGAGUGCUGCAACUGUUGUACAGAUGGAAUUGGAUACUCUUAAAAAAAUGACAAAUGAAGAAAAGCUAUUGAAUGCCUUCGAACAGCGAAACUUGGACGAGUUCAAAGAAAUCAUAAAAUGCAAGGACUUGGACAUCAAUCAUAAAUGGGAAAUGCCGCAUAAAGGGACCCGAAUGACUCUAUUAGAUAUGGCUUGUAAAUCCAGCGAAACCAGUGAGUAUGUUCUAAUUCUGCUACUAAACGGAGCUUGGAGAACACACUGGGAAGGAGUAGAGCUCGCUGAAGCUUUCAAAAGAAAUUUAGACACAACUACGAUAAAUUAUCUGGUUGUGGCUGAUAUAUUGAAAGUGGAACCGGAAGAAAAACGUAAAUUUUAUGAUACUCUAAUUCAAGCAGCAGUCGAAAAGAAUGACGUCAACAUAUUCACACUUAUGGCGUACUACCGUUCUGAAAACUUCGCUCCAGAAUCUGCACACUUGUUACCACUCUUAGGGAGUAUCGAAACAGUCAGGUUGCUCAUCAAGUACUUCGAUGUGGAUAUGGAACUUCAAAGGGAUUCUCAUGGUCAAUAUGGUCAUGCUCGUACUUAUCGUGACAUAAUAUUGCAGAAAUAUCCCCAACUAGAACCAGGACUCCAGGCUCGGUCUAGGUCAGAAAGUGAACUCCAAAAGAUACUAUAUUCAUAUCUCCGUAAUAAUGCGCCAGAAUUGUUUUUAAAUCAAAUCGCCGAGUUGAGCACGGAAUUUCUGGACAAAAGCCUUACUAUUCGUAACGAGACAUACUUAUACGUAGCUUGCAAAAAAGGUUAUAUCGACGUAGUAGAUGCGCUGUUAGAAAAGCAGGUUCAACUAAAUACGUUAGCCAAUGAUCCUCUUGACAUCUUUUAUUUAGGCGCAAUUACGCCAUUAGCGGUGGCUGCGUAUAUGGGUCAUUAUGAAAUUGUUACCAAGUUGAUUUCACACAAUGCUCAUUUGCAAAUUAAUAAAAAAUCGGGAUCGGUUUUGUUUUUCGUAAUAUGUGGUAUGGAUCGACAAGGUUUCUCAAAAAACACCCAUCGCGAGAUUCUAAAAUUACUAUUGACUUACAAUUCCCAAACUGUUCCUCUACUAGAUAUAAAUCAUAAAGAUUUCUUCGACACGACUCCGCUUCAUUAUGCAGUCGCAUUUAAAAAUGAAUUUGCCAUCAAGUCUCUUAUAGACGCCGGUGCCGAUUUCUAUUCAAAAAAUUUUUGUGGUGAGCUUCCCUUAACCUCAGUUCCAUCAACAAUAUUGGAAAAAUAUUUUGAUGACGGCAUUAAUUUGGAAAUAGAACAACGAGGUAUUCUCGGUCAAGUUCAGAAAGUGAAGUUUGACUACAGCAUAUUCAAAUCAGUCGAUCAAAAUUCAUCUGCAAUAGGUAACGAAAUGGAAUUUUUUCAUGAGAUUCAGCAAAAACCAGAGUUGAGAACACUACUCAAGCAUCCGCUGUCAGCGAGCUUUCUCUAUGUGAAAUGGUGUCUCAUUAGGAAAUAUUACGUCCUCAAUUUUGCAUUUUAUUUAUCAUUUUGUGUGGCCUUGAACGCGUAUGUUUUCCAAAUUCACGACUGUCCAUCGCUAUCGACCAGCUACAAUAGCACUCUGCCAACCGAUACUGAAAUCAACCAUCAAACCUCUUCAAUUUUAUGUAAUGCCUCGUGGUUAAAACUUGGAAUAGUAACAUUCCUGUUUUACAUCGUGUUCAUUCUACGAGAACUUUGCCAAUUUCUUCUUUCAAAGAAGCAAUACUUCAGAUCACGUGAAAACUGGUUAGAAAUAAUGAUUAUAGUUGCAGUUGGUGUUUUCUUUACAAAUCAAAGCAACGCACAUCUAGGAGCCACUGUUAAUGUAUUGUCGUGUAUAGAGCUUGUAUUUAUACUUGGUAAACAUCCGUGGUUUUCGGUCUAUAUAGAAAUGUUUAAAACAGUGGCACUAAAUUUUGCCAAAUUUUUCGCAUUAUUCUCGAUCCUGGCUAUAUCGUUUGCGAACAGCUUUUACAUUUUAUUCCGAGAUAAAACAGAAGAGUACAUAUCGUCAGAAAAUCAAACUAAUGUUGAUCCAUCCAACCAAAGAAUUAAAAACUCAUUUAAUUUGUGGCCAGACCUGAAAGUAUCGCUUAUCAAAUCGAUUAUCAUGAUGACCGGAGAACUCGAUACUUCUAAUCUACCUCUAGGUGAAAAUUUCAAUUACAGUUAUGUGUUUUUUUCCCUUUUCGUUUUCCUCAUUCCCAUGGUACUUUAUAAUCUACUCAAUGGUUUGGCCAUCAGUGAUACGAAUGCCAUCAUGAAAGACUCGGAAAUAGUUGCCGUGAUGUCUCGAGUUGAAUUGAUAUGGAAAUUAGAACGUCUACUCAACAGCAAGUCAUUGCAGGUUUUCCGUAAGCAUUGCCCAGAAUUUUUAAAUCACAGAUUUUUCAGGGAUGUUGAUAUAUCUGGAGUGUUUGGUGAGCCAGAAAGACAGCAACAGAAGAAACUUGAAAUAGACUCCCUUGAUCAAUACCGCAUAGAAAUCGGUGAUUCUGACAAAACAAUCGGGAAAAUGCCCCUCACAAUCAUAAAACAAGCCGAACAAAUCGUAGAAAAACGAAAGCACUGUAAUUCUGCCGAAGAUAUGAACCAGAAUUUAUCGUCAGAUGUCAUAAAGAAAACUUCAUCGAGCAGCGGAUCCAUUGAUGAAGCAGUUCGUAUGAUCAGCGAUCAAAUACAUAAUUUAAAACUUGAGAUCGAUGCAAAAAGUGCUGAAAUGAACGCAAAAAUUACUGAUCGCUUUGAAGAAUUGUUACAAAGCGUUGAAAGAAAUAAUAAAUACAAGAAACUGCUGUGUAGGCAGAGAGUGUCUAUUAGAAGUAGAAAGAUGGGUUGGAGAAGGGAUGAAUUAUUGAAAGGUAUUUCUCACCGAAUAUUAUAAAUCACUUCCUCGUUAGUGUUCAAUUUUAUGACAUUUUUCAAUAAUUUCUUCAGUAUUUCAAUUUUCUGUUCUUUUUUUUACAAUAUGAAUAUUCUUUGUAAAAUUUUGCCUUCACACCUGACAAUAACGUUUUUUACCAAAUUUAUUUUACAUCAUCUACUAUUUAUACCUAAUUACCUAUCUAUUCUUUGAAUUAUAUUUUUAUGGUACGAUUUCAAGAAUGUUAUUUUUUGUAUGGGUUCUUUCUUAU